UUUUUUUUCACGUCAUUCUUCCGUAUAAAAGCCUCGGGACAAACAUCACGUUCGAGCACAAACCAUAAAUACUUCUCGUACGUGCAAUCCGUUACCAUGAAAUCUUUAACCGCGGUGUCCGUCGCGUUCUCGCUGGUUCUCGCGAUAUCGCAUUGCGCUCCUGGAAGAUUGGGUACCGUCGACCAAUACCGUCCGGCGUUUGACCUGGAAAACAGCGACAACCAUUCGGAUCCCGAUGACUACGAUAGUUACUACAACCCAGACCCUUGGACCGAAUCAGAGGACGCCGGAGGAGUUGUGCUCGUUUCCGAAAAACCGCAGGACCACACCCGAAUCCCCACCGAAGAGCCCGUUACCUCUAGCAGCCGUCCCGAGGCUGAGUACCAAACCCCGGAAGAGCACGUCGACGACGCGUACACCACCACAAAUGAACCCACUACGAAUGCACCAACCACGCAAGUGGUGUAGCGAUGAUCGGUUUCGUCGACAGCUAUCCCCAACCCGGUCACCUUGUCCGCAGCUACGAGGAACGUUCGGUUGGACGGGCGAUCAAAAGAAGAACUCCGUGUACGAUUAUUGUUUUUUUACGUUUGUUUUUUAUUAAAUAUAUUUUAUUAAUUUUUUGUUGGUU